CCUGCAGCAGCUGGAGUAGGAGCCGCCUGUGAGCCAUUUCCAGGACAAGGGCCACUGUCCACCAUGGUGAAGCUGGGCUGCAGCUUCUCCGGGAAGCCAGGCAAAGACCCUGGGGACCAGGAUGGGGCUGCCACGGACAGUGUCCCUCUGAUCAGUCCCCUGGAUGUCAGCCAGCUGCAGCCACCAUUCCCUGACCAGGUGGUCAUCAAGACACAGACGGAAUACCAGCUGUCCUCCCCAGACCAGCAGAAGAAGUUUCCGGACCUGGAGGGACAAAGGCUGAGCUGCGGCCACCCAGAGGAAGGGCGCAGGCUGCCCACUGCCAGGAUGAUCGCCUUCGCUAUGGCCCUCCUGGGCUGCGUGCUGAUCAUGUACAAGGCCAUCUGGUAUGACCAGUUCACCUGCCCAGAUGGUUUCCUGCUUCGGCACAAGAUUUGCACGCCGCUGACCCUGGAGAUGUACUACACUGAGAUGGACCCCGAGCGCCACCGCAGCAUCCUGGCGGCCAUCGGGGCCUAUCCGCUGAGCCGAAAGCACGGCACUGAGAUGCCCGCGGCCUGGGGAGACAGCUACCGCGCCGCCAAGGAGGUGCACAAAGGGCCCACUCCGGCGGCGGCGGUGGCGGCGGCGGCAGCUGCAGCGGCGGUGACCACCGAGACCCCCGGGCAGCCCUCGACCCAAGGAGAGAAGGAGGAGGCCCGCCAGGCAGCGAGUAGCGCACCUCCCCCGGCCCCUCAGUGAGGGCCCUCCAGCCAGCCUGGCCCGGCCUUCCCCAGCCAGCUCCUGUGACCAGAGCAUUGCCCCCCGCUGCUCUCCC